AUUACUAUCGGCGCCUUCCCUCUUCGCUACCCAAAACCCUGUUUCAAUUAUCUCUACCUUUACACACACAAAACAAAACCCUGUUUUCAAUUACACACACAACACGCACUAUCAAUGGCUGCCUCUGCCCAUUUCCUAUCCUUAACCCCACGCACCCUCUCUCUUCACCACUCCAACUCCUCCGCCGCCUCUUCCUCCCCUUCUCUUUUCACACUCUCUUCCAUCAAAGCCCUCCCCAAACUCGUUCUCGCGCUCUCUUCCGUCACUACCCGCGCUUCCAACUUUGUACGGAACGUCGCCUUCUUUUCGGACGUGGAGGAGGAGGAGGAGGGAGAAGCGGUUGAGAUUCCCGGUUCGAAGCUGUUUGUGGGGAAUUUGCCGUUUUCUGUUGAUAGUUCUGUGCUUGCCGGCUUGUUUCAACAAGCCGGAACUGUGGAGGGGGUUGAGGUUAUCCUCGACAAAGCCACGAGAAGAAGUCGGGGUUUUGGUUUCGUGGUGAUGUCUUCGUUUGAGGAAGCUGAAGCUGCAGUUGAACAAUUUAACGGAUAUGAAAUUGAGGGCAGAGCUUUGCGUGUAAACUCUGGACCACCACCACCUAAAAGGGAAAGCUCUUUUGGAAGAAGGGAUAACUCCUUUGGAGGAUCCAGGGGACGGGAGCGACCAAGCUAUGGAAACUCUUCAUUCGAAGGACCUAGGGGGGGCCGCGAACGAUCAAGUUAUGGUAAUACCAACAAGGUUUUUGUGGGUAACCUUUCAUUUGAUGUGGACGACUUUGCUCUCGAGUCUGUGUUUAGUGAGCACGGAAAUGUUCAGGAUGCAAGAGUGAUUUGUGAUAGAGAUAAUGGUAGAUCAAGGGGAUUCGGAUUUGUAACCUACAGCUCGGCUGAAGAGGUCAACAAAGCCGUUGAGUCAUUGGAUGGCGCAGAGCUGGAGGGUCGACCUAUUCGAGUCAGUCCUGCUGAAGACCGUCGUUAAAAUUUAAAACUGAAAACAAUUUUGAUCCUGUGAACGAUCAGUCAUGAUAUAGCGAGGUCGGUGUCCCAAAGUGAUGUGGUGAUAUGAAGUGGAACUACUGGUGAGUGGUGACUACACUCAAGUUGCAACCAAGUAUUCAGCUUCUGCAUCGUUGCAACUAGUGUAAAUGUAUGUUCGUUCCGAGCGUGAUAGGAAGUAUGUAAUCCUCUAGUUAUUUUGUUUUAACAAUGACGGUUUUUGGCACAUGGCAUUUGGGUUGGAAAGAAUUAGCAGGUGAGCCGUGAGCAUUAAUCACCACCCCUCACACAUUCUUCCUCGUGAAACAAAUUCCAUCGGCUUUAGUGUACUUGUUUUUUUUGUUACAUUCCAUUUUGUGGGUUUGAAUAUGGUUUGCUGAUUUUUUUUCAGUA